AUGGGUGCAGUUGGAAGCGCCCAGUUACAUAAACGUUCUACACGUGAUUCCGUCAGCAGUCAAGUCGACUCUGUAGUACCGUCGUCUUCCAAUUCGGCCGCCUUACGUCCAGAAUCGUCGAGAAAAUGCCGAUUUGCUGCACUGAUACGUAACAAAUACGCAGAAUGCAAGUUAUCGAGGCUGCAAUCCCGUCGAAAGAAUCGUCCAGCAAUUUCUCGCGACACACAACGUGCAUUUCGUGAACUGAUCAGCUCAUGGUCAUGUUCAGAACUGGCUGCAUUCUGCACCGAAAUGGACAGCGCUUAUGCCGUAAGAGAGCUGGUGUUGAUGGCCGAAGCGGCACGACCGCCUGUCUCAUCACUGCAACAAGAUCUUUUCAAUGCAUUCAGCAAUUCAAUUGCCACCGAUUGUUUCGUGUUGUACAGGGAUGGCCGUUAUGCCGCUCACGAAGCGAUCCUGUGCGCAAGGUCACGUUAUUUUGCUGAGCAGUUUGCAUCAGUGCAUCAUGAUGUGAAUGAGUGCAUGAGUGCUUCAACGGGCACUCCCGCAAACCUUGAGCUGAAAUUUAUCGAUGAAACUGUUCCGUAUGAGAUUUUCUUAGCUGCACUCCAAUUUAUCUACACUGGUCAAACAUCUCCGUUACUUCUACAGGAACCGCAGAAAAAGUAUCGCCUCAAUGAUGUUUUGUCAAGGCUUGGCUGUACUAAAGCGCUAAUAGAUGACCUAUCAACCUUUGACUUUUCGAAAAAUGCAGAUUGUACACUUGUCUUUACGACAAACACAGCAACCUCGACUUCAUAUGAUGAGAAAGAUGGGAUGCGACGUUCGGAUGCACUUGACUAUCGGAUUGGAUGUGCGUCCGGAAUUGUGGCGGCGAGAUCGGACUUCUUGAGGACGUUAAUUGAGCGAAAACGACAGAGUGGACGACCGGAAGACGGAGAAGAGCAAAGAGAAUGUGCGCAUUGGCCACUUGAGAUAGUGAUCGAUGAGCAUUUGAUACCAAGAAUUUAU